AACUGGCUCGAGCCUUCGCGCCCUGGGCGAGGUGGGUAGGGGAACUCUUGUGGCGGGGUGAGGCGCCCGCCCUCGCGCCGCUUGGCGGUUUCCCCGAGUACUUCGUUUGUGGAGGAAGUGGAGAUACAACGUGGGCGGAUGAAGGACUUGACAGUGAAAAUAGACCAGAAGGAACCGUUGCCCACUAGGCUUCCCCCGAUUUUCUCAGAAGAUGGGAAUUACUCUGUGCACCAGAAUAGCCAUGCAAGGUAUCAUGAAGCUGUACGGAAGGGGUUGUUAAAGACAUUCCCCAAUCAGGUCUUCAGAGCUCCUUUGACUGAUGCUCAGAACUUCAGCUUCUGGCGGUCCCACGAUCCAGGAGUGCGCCCAGAGGAAACCAUGCCAUGGAUCCGGAGCUCUCGCCAUUGCCUCAUUAAGAGCCCAAUGACCAGGUUUAUGGAUCACUCUAUUCUCAGUGACAGAACCUUCAGUCUGUAUUGAGCAAGAUGUGUUUGCAGAAGGACAAGUUGGACUGUGGAAGGAGGGCAAAGAAUGGAAAGAGGAAGGUGUCCUGGUCCUCAUGGUCCACUAAAGGGGGGAGAGGAUGGAGAAAGCAGAAUAAACAGAUUGGAUUGGAAGU